CAAUCUGCGCAUCGGGCCGGUCUCAGGAGCUUCAUCCGCUACGGCUGGCGCUGGAGCUGGAGAGUCGCUGUUUUUGUGACAAUAUUCAACAUGGUGAGCACCGGCCUGUCCGUGUACCGCAACAAAACCACCAUCAGUAACUUUGCUUCGGCAGGAGGUGAGGCUGCUACNNNUUUCAGAAUGCGCUUGGGCCUGCAGGGACUGGCGGGAGGCGUCGUGUUCGGCACGGUGUUUGGGAUCCCUGCCGGGGGCCUGUUGAUGAUAAUGCAGAAACUUAGCGGUGAGACCUUGCAGGAGAAGAGGAAUCGCGAGCGCAGGGAGCUGUAUGAGCAGAAGUUAGCAGAGUGGCAAUCCAGGCUCACCAUGACUGAAUUAUUAGGCCAAACGGAAAGCAACGUCCAGGAAGGACCAGAGAUGGUGAGAGAAGGAGAAUCGAGGAGCUACUGA